UUUCCGAGAGGAGGAGUUAACAUGGCAGUGGCGCUACCACUCCUACCAGUAUUCUAUAGCUCUGAAGCUGUUGAGAGAUUUAACCUUUUCCAGACCUGGCAACUCAGCAUACGUAAAAUAUUGCAGACGAAACUGUAAAGUCCUCGACUCUAAUCUUAGUCGUGUGACCAUAGAUUUUGAACACAGUUUACAUCUGUUACGUUUCUUGAAAGUCAAUUAUUCAAUUACUCAUAAACUUCUCAUGGUUGGAAGAGGACGAGGGAGAGGAAAUGCGGUUUCCUUCAACAUUGAGCAAUUGGGAUUUGGUAGAGGUGAAGCAGGUCCAGUUUCUGUUACUCAACCUCCUCCACUAUUCCCCUCUCUAAAAACAGGACUCUUCCAUUAAUUAAAGAUGUGGAGUAUGAGUAUAUACUGGUUACCCAAAAAGAUUUGAACACAAGAAUGAGGAGCUCAUCGUUUCACUUGAAUACAACAAAUGAGAUCAAAUAAAUUCAGCAAUACUCCAAAAAGUAGGUGAAUAGUUAAUGAUUAUAGUUUAUUCUCACAUUUAUUAUUUUGGAAGAAUCAAUAGCAAAUAUUUUGAAAAAGAGCUACCUGUUCUCUGGAAUCGAAUGCCUUCUGAACUUAAGAUAUUAGUCAAUAAGAGGUUAACAACUGGCAAGUCAAAUGUCACUCUGAAUGCUAAAAGGAAGAAAUUUGAAGACCCUGAUAAAAUUUUUGCCAAGCUUGAAAAGAAAGAAACAAAUGAAAGUGAAGGAGAAGGGGUUGGAGAUGGAAAAGAAGAUGAAGACGAUCAAGAUAAAUCAGAUGAUGAGAAAGUGGAAAUUGAAGAUGAUGUUGAGGAAGAAAUAGAUGAAGGAACAGAUUACGCUAGUAAUUAUUUUGAUAAUGGUGAAGGUUAUUUGGAUGACGAAGACAACCUUGAAGAUGGAGAAGCCCAGUUCUAGCGACCGUAAUCACUUCCUAUGCAAAAUCAAGCAACUUGAAAUAAAAGUUAUUAUUCUGUUAAAA